AUGCAUGAUAACAAUACUAACGAUGAACUGGAUACUCUCAUCAAGCAAACUAUUUAAGGGAAAACUAAAGGAGGAGGAAUCAAACCUGGCUUUGAAAAUGAUCCAGAAAAUGAAGGCCAUCACUAGCAGGAGUUAAACGCUGUAAUAGAAUCUAUCUCAUUUGGCAAAAUGUUCAACCACAAAAAGAUGAGUUUUUAAGCUAUAUCUGCAGCUAUUAGUCAUUAAGAAUAAGUCAGAUUUGUCAAAACCUAUUUAUCAAGUUCAAGUAAUACAAUGCAUUCGAAAUUUCCCUCUUCUAAAAAUAAAGUGCUCGCUUAUAGAGUAAAUCAGAUAGAUCCAGUUUCAUAACAGCCAAAGCUAGAGGAAGGUUAUGACGAUGAUGGAGAGCCAGGAGCUGGUGAUAAACUGCUUGGAUUACUAUAGAAGAUGGAAAUAGAAAACAUUUUGGUUUUCGUUUGUAUAUGGAAUACAGGAGCUUAAAUUGGGCAGCAACUUCUAAGAGGAGGUGAACUUUAUAGAAUAGUUGUUGAAAGAGGAAGAGAACUCCUUAAUACAAUUCACGACCAAAUUCUUUAAUAAGAAAUGGAAUAAAAGAAGCUAGAAGAAAUGGAGUACAUGAAAAAUCAUGGUGCUAAAAAGCUUCCUCUAGGUACAAAACUUUAUAGUAUGGGAGCUCCUGAAUCAGUUAAAAACUAAGCUGGACUAAAAGGGGCCAAUUCUAAUAAAGCUGGUCCUGUUGUUAAUAAAAAUAUGGUUAGUCCUAGAGCUAACAACUUAAAUGAAAACAACUUAAUAAUCAAUGCUAAUAAUACUAAUCCUGAACAAAGUCAUGAAGAAGAUGGUGCUUUAAGCCCAAAUAGGACUUAGAAUCCCUAUCUUCUGGUUGGAAAUAAUUUAGCUUCAUAGAGUCCACCAAAAAUGCAACCUGAUGAAAUAGAGUAAUAAAUCAUAAAAGCUUUUGAUGGGUAACUUACUCUUGAUGAAAUGGAAGACUCACAAAAAGAGGUAGAGGAAAGUUUAAAAUAAUUGACUAAAGCAAAUCUAAUGGAACUUAAGCAGGCAAGUAAGCCUCAUCCACUGGUUGAAAAGACACUUCAAAUAGUAUAAGCAAUAAGAGGAUUUAAAUAGUAUUAAUGGUCUACUGCCAAAGAGUUACUAGGCAAGCCUUCAUUUAAAAUGGAGUUGAUGCAAACUAAGCCUAGAACGUUAAGACCAUAAGAUGUAUUAAAAGCAUAGCAGAUAUUAAAUUAAAAGACCAAUUCAACAUUGACACCUUAGAAUGUUCAUUUGCAUUCUGAAGGAGCAGCAUUAUUGUUAGUAUGGGCUGCCAACUUGAUUAAGUGGUAUGCUUGCACAAAAAAGCUAGGAGAUACAAAUGAAUCAGGCUUAGCUCAUUAAGGCCUUAAUGCAGCUGAAAUACAGAAGAUCUCAGCUAGAACUAAAAUCAUGGUCAAGAAAGAUUUUCAUAACAAGAAACAUGAUGAUCAUGAUAUUAAUAUACCUGGAGCAGUCAAGGAUGGAAAUUCUUCAAUAAUUCAUACUACUCAGCAAGACUCAACGAUCUAGCCUAGUAGACAACUAUAAAUGUAGAUCAAUUAGAAGUCAGGGACUAUAGGUCACUUUUUACAAAACAAACAGAUGGUAUUUAGUAUUGAAUCCAAUCAACUUGCACCAUAAAAGAAUGAUCCAGUGAUGGAUUCUUCACAUCUUGUAGAUUUGAAUGUUAUCAAGAAAGGAGCUAUGAAUUAAGUUUCAAACAAGAGCAAGUUCGCUUAAAGAUAAGAAGAUGCAAUAAUGAAGCAAGAGGAAGAGAGACUUAUGGAAGAAAAUCCUGGUAUGAUUGGCAAUAAAGGUAAACCAAAUAAUUUGUUACAGAGAAAAAAAGAUACUGGAAAGAUACACAUUCCUACUUAAGGCUAGAGCAACUACAAGGGAAACUAAGAUGAUUCUAACGUUGGAGGAGGAGGUGGCCCAGGUGCUGCCAAUCAUAGCUCGUUCCAAGACCAUAACACUAAUCAAGAAGAAUAGGAUUAUUUGACUACUUAAGAACAAAACAACAUAGUAGAGGAUAUUCCAGGAAAAUUGAAAAUUCACGAAGUCAGAGAGCUAAGUGAUGAUGUUGAUGACAUAAUUAGCAAACUUAAAGGAGUAGAUUAUGGAAUUCAAGAGUUAGAUGUACUUAUUGAACUUGCCAAGACACUCAAACACAAAAGAUUAAGCUUAUUCCCAGAUACUUCCAAUGUUCUUCUAAGUGAUAAUAUUAGUGCCUAUGCAAACUGA